GGAACGUAGCAGCUUGGAAUCGUACUAACCUCAAUGGCGGCGGACAGAAACAGGAAUAACAUUAUAAAACCUCAGAAUUCUUUCAUUAAUAUUCAUCUAUACAGGAUAUAAAACUGGAUGCUGGACGCAGCAACAAUCUUCCUGUUUUGCGGGUUUUCUUCUCAGGACCUGGCAACCCAUCCGGAGUUGCUACCCGCAGGAAACCUCUGUGCAGACCCACGGACACGCGUGGAUGCCUUCGUUGUUUUAUCCUUAUCUGGGGCCGUAAAUGAGGAGAAUCAGCCGGUCUGAGGAAUAUAAUCUGAGGAUCAUGGAGGAAAGACGUGACGGUUCUGCGGUGCUGGAGUUUGAUAUUGGGAGGAAACCGGAAGCGACGAGUGACCAGAACCUGCCGCCUGGCUCCGGUUCUGCUCAGAAAAUCCUGGAGAGCGGAGGAUCCGUGGAUCAGAGGACGGAAACGUCGGAUCUGCAGGAAGUCGAGAACAGCGUCGUGAACCCAGAUCGAGUUUUUCCUCUGGAUGAACUUCCUGCUUCACAGGGAGCAAAAGGAGACACUUCCUGUCCCGAAACUCCAAACUCCGCCCGUGAAGGUCCGGUUCCCCUGGAUCAUCCCGGAGCAAAAGCUCCUCCCUGUGAACCCGAGACGGAUUCCCAGCCUCCGGAUCCGAAAAGCCGGCAGGAGAACAUCUAUGACUCGGUUCUGCACCAGAUGCUGCAGCAGCAGAAACACAAACACGGCAGGAGGUGCAAGAAGAAGACGCUGAUGAAGAUGGCCAGGCUGCUGGUCACAGCCAGAGGCUGGGAUCGCCAGGAAAACCAGAGUCUGAGUCUGCAGGAAGAGUUGGACCUGAAGGAGGAGAUUUCCGGGUCCAUACAGGGGAAAAAAGUUCCCGGGAAUCCAGACACGUCCAUGAAUCUUCCUGGAGAAAUCAGGUCAGAGUCCAACAAGGAAGAAACAAAAAUCCCCCCGGAGAGACGCAAGAAAAAAGCUACUGAAGCUCCCAAAGCUGCUGGGGAGAAAACAGAAGAAACUGCUGGAGGAUCGGGAUCAGAUUUUACUGUGAAGAACAAAGAGGAAAAACCAAAAACCGAAAAAGAUCCUGAGCUCAAGUUCAGGAAGAAAGCCGGUCGGAAAAGGAUCGGAGAACCAGAGUGUCUGUCCGUCUCACCUGGAGGAAAACAGAAGAGGAAAAUGGAUCCUGUGGCUCAGAUCCAGAUCACUCCGACUGCUUCUGAGGCGGACCGAGGUUUGUCAGGGUUUUCUGGGAAUACCGCUGCACAGGAAACUGAACCGCAGGAGAGCAAGAGGAAACCCAGGAAGAGCAGAAAUCCGUUCGCUGAGCGGCUCCCAACAGGAGGCGAUCCUCCGCCGGAGGAAAACCGAACCAAACCGGAGGAAGAAACGUCAUCUCUGGAUGUGUUUCCGAAAUUACAACUGGGAAAAGGAGGAGCUAAAACAAACAAAAUGUCCGUCUGGGAUCAACGUCUGUCUUCUGAAAUGGCAAAUAUGCAGAAUGAAACCAGAAAAAAACGCAUCAAAACCGUUCCUGCUGAAGAGGAAACGAUGGACUGGGAUGAGAGGCGAGGAACGUUCAGUCAGAACCCGGGCGAAGAUCCGAUCCGGAGCUGGAAAAAGUCAAAAGGUCGAGGUCAGAGGAGAAAAAUACAGCAGCAAACCUUAAACUUCCAGAGUCAGAUCCAACCAGUUUGGGAAGCUCCAGCAAUGCCAGCAAAUCCUUCCAUGGAAAAUCAAGAGUUUACCAACUGGGAUGAACCGGAUGAAGGCUGGAAAAUCAGGAGAUCCUGCACUUUGGGAACCAAAACAAGCUCAGCCGCUGACGAAUGGUUGAUCCGAUAUCUGAAAGGUUCCCGAAGGAAGGCUUCCGGUAAGGCCAGCAAUGUCCCGGAGUUAAUGGGAAAAGAAGAGCUGACGUCAGAAAACGGGACAAAAUUCAAAACCAAGAGAGGUCGGACAAAAUCCACCGUUCCGUCCGCCAACGGUGAAACUGUUCCUGGCAAUGUGAAACGAAAAGGGAAAACAGCAAAACAAGAGUCAGCAGUGGAGUUAAACAAAGACAGCUUGGGUUUUCCAACUCUUCCAGCUUCCAAUUCACCUUCAAACCAACAGGAAGAAGAGAGGAAAAGGACCGCAAGAAGUAAAACGGGACCAAAAAGGAGACGAGUGCUAAACAAAGACAUGAAAACUGGACCAAAGAUCCUGGAAUCUGAAGUAAAACAUCCAAAUGAAGGAGAUCCAGGAAACUCUGAGGAUGGAAAACCAUCAAAUGUGAGGCGUGCAAGAAAGAAAAAUGUUUUUACAACCAAGAAAGAAGAGCAAGAGAUGGAAAAAUCCCAGCUGAUGUCUUCACUUCAGAAUAAAAGCAACACGACAGAAAGCGGAGUGACUCCAGAAACAAAAGGAGAGAUGAAUAUGCUCCAGAUCGAAGGAACGUCUCGUCUGAAAAACGAUUCUCUGGAGGCUAAGUCCAAGAUGGCGCCUAGAAAAAUGAAAAGAGGCCCAAAAAAGAGGCGGAUAUUAAAGAAACGCUCAAUAAUAAAACCAAAAAUCCUGAAAUCUGAUGAAAAACAUCCAGAUAAAGUAGAUCUGGGAACUCCUGGAAAAACAUCAAUUCAAGAUGGAAGCAGUGAAACCGGAGCGACUCCGGAAACAAAUACGAUGAGUUUGACAAAUGAUUCCCUGGAGGUGAGGACUGUAAGAAGGAAAACAGGAACAAAAAAGAGGCAAAUAUUAAAGAAAAACUCAAUUUCAGAACCAAAAAUCCAGGAAUCUGAUGAAAAACAUCCAGAUGAAGGAGAUCCAGGAAGUCCUGAAGAGGGAAAACCAUCCUCAGGUGUGAGGCGCGGAAGAACAAAAAACAUUCUUCCAAUCAAAACAGAAGAUGAAAUUUCCAACAUCAGUGAAAUACUGGAAGUUAAUGAAGAAACUGAGAAGGAGAAAUCUCAGUGGAUGGCUUCUGAACUCACAGAACCAAAUCAGAUGAAUCUGCUGCGGACUGAAGGAAUGUCUGAUCCGAAAGAUGAUUUCCUGGAGACUAAGUCCAACAUGGCGCCCAGAAAAAUGAAAAGGGAACCAAAAACGAGGCGGAUGUUAAGAAAACGUUUUACACCUGGACAAAAAGUCCUGGAAUCAGAUGAAAAACAGCCACAAGAAGGAAAUCCAGGAACUCCUCAUGAUGGAAAAUCCUCUAUUCAGGAUGAAAGUCCUUUAAUAGAUUCUAGAGGUAAAACUGGAGUGAAUCCAAAUCGGAUGAAUCUACUCCAGGUCGAAGAAAAGUCUGAUCCGAAAGAUGAUUUCCUGGAGACUAAGUCCAAGGCGGCGCCCAGAGAAAUGAAAACAAGACCAAAAAAGAGGCGGACCUUAAGAAAACGUUCUGUAACUGGAACCAAAAUGUUGGAAUCUGAUGGAAAACAUUCAGAUGAAGGAAAUGCUAAGAAUGGAAAACCAUCAAGCAUGAACUGCAGAAGAAAGAAAAGUUCUCUUCCAGUCAAAAUGGAGGAUGAAACUUCCAGUCUCAUGGAGAUAGAAGAGUCUGGGAAGGAGAAAUCCCAGAUGAUGUCUACAUUUCAGGACAAAAGCAACACGACAGAAUCAGAAAGUAAAACCAGAGCGACUCCAGAAAUACAAGGAAAGGUGAACCUGCACCAGAUUGAAGGAACAUCGGAUCUGAACGUUGAUUUCCAGGAGAUGGUGCCAAUAAAAAUGAGAAGGGGACAAAGAAACAGGCGGAUGUUAGAAAAACGUUCUGUAACUGAACCAAACAUUCUGGGAUCUGAUGAAAAACAUCCAAAGGAAGGAGCACCAGGAACUCCUGAAGAUGGAAAACCAUCAAAUCAGGAUGGAAAACCAUCAAAUCAGGAUGGAAAACCAUCAAAUCAGGAUGGAAAACCAUCAAAUCAGGAUGAAAAACCAUCAAAUCAGGAUGAAAAACCAUCAAAUCAGGAUGGAAAUUGCUUGAUGGGGUCAGGAGGUCAAACCAGAGCGACCCCAGAACCAGAUCGAAUAACUCUGCUGCAGUUCGAAGGAACGUCUGGUCUGAGAGAUGAUUCUCUGAGCGUUAAAUCCAAGAUGGCGUCCAGGAAAAUGACAAAGGGACGGAAAAGGAGGCGGAUAUUCAGAAAGCGUUCUACAACUAGAACUAAAAUCCUGGAUUCUGAUGAGAAACCAGAAGAAGAUCCUGGAGCUACUGAGGAUGGAAAACUAUUAAUUCAUGAUGAAAACAGUCCAGAGGACUCAGGAUGUCACACCGGAGCGACUCCAGAACCAGAUCGGAUCAAAGGAACAUCUGCUCUGAAAGAGGAUUUCCUGGGAGUGAAGACCGUAAGAAGGAAAUCAGGACCAAAAAGGAAACGAGUGUUAAAGAAAAACCUGAGAGCAGAACUUAAAAUCCUGGAAUCUGAAGAAAAACAUCCAGAUGCAGGAAGUCCUGAGGAUGGAAAAACAUCAAGGGUGAGGCGUGGAAGACGGAUAAAUGACUUUACAAUCAAGAUGGAAGAGGAACCAAUUUUCAUUGAGAUGGAAGCUAAUAAAGAGUUAGAGAUGGAGAGAUCCCAGCUGAUGUCUUCAGUUCAGGCUAAAAGCAACACGACAGAAUCAGGAAGUGAAACCAGAGCGACUCCAGGAAUACAAGCAAAGGUGAACCUGCACCAGAUUGAAGGAGUACCAACCGAUCCCAAAGAUGAUUCUGGGGAAGUUUUAUUCAAGGCACAAGGACAAAUACAAUCAUUUCAGAACGAUUCAGCAAGACCUAAAAUCCAGGAAUCUGAUGAUCAUCCAUAUGAAAGGAAUCCAGGAGCUUCUGAAGACGGAAGAAAGUCCAAAACGUCCAACAUGGGACACAGAAGAAAGACAAAUGUCUUUACAACCAAGUUGGAAGAUGGAGCUUCCUGUUUUAUGGAGAUGGACACUAAUAAAGAGCCGGAGAUGGAAAAACUGCUUCAGGAAUCUGCUUUAUCAACGGCUCCAAGAAAAACCAUGCGGAAGAGACGACGGAGGAGUAGAACACACUGGUCUGGACAUAGGAAAGCAAAGAAACCUCAGGUCUGCUCAUUCUGGGACGUUCCGGCUGCCUCCAGUUCCUGUGACCAAACCUUCAACAUCCAAAAGAAAAAUCAGGAGAAUCAGAUGACAGCAAACGCUGCGUCUGGAUCUGAGAUUUCUCAUCAUCUCCAGAAGAACCAAAAACCCCAGUGCUCUUUCUGUUUGCGCUCUUUUCGCCACAUCUCAGCGUUGACGCUCCAUAAACGGCUUCACACGGGCCGGAAACCGUACGGAUGCUCCGCCUGCACCAAGAGCUUCUCCACGCUCCCUGAACUGAAGCUCCAUUCAAAGCUCCACCGGGGGCCGCCAGCCACUCACUGCCCGAUCUGCGAAGAAACAUUCAGGGACAAAACCAAACUCAUCCGUCACCUCAAGGUCCAUCUGGCCGAGGUGGAGGGACUCCAGACCGGACCGAGAAGAAGCAGACGAUCCCGCUCGGCUCCCGGCCAGGAGGAAACCUUCAGGUGUUUGGUUUGCUCCAGGGAGUUCACCAAGAAAUCUGCAUUUGAAAACCACCGACGGAUUCAUGACAGUAAAACCUUCAGAAAUCCAAGAAGGAUCCAUGGAUUCCACGUCUCCGAAGCCAGCGAUGCAGCAGUCGUCACUCCGGUGUUUUUUAAAUGUCCGAUCUGCCGGCAGAUCCAUCGCCACUGGUGCCACUACCUUCUGCACUUACAUUCCCACGCGACGGGAAAACCUCACCGCUGUCACGUCUGUAGGCAGGAGUACAGCCGGGCGGCAGGAAGCAGGCGGCACUGCUCGGUUUGCUGCAGAGUCAGCGGAGAAGAGGCGGCUUGUCGAGGUUCCCUGGAGAACAUCUGGAAGGAGACGGGAGAGUCAGUGAGUCCCAGAAAAAUAUCGGUAAUUCCUGAAGAAGAACGUGACUUUAUUCCUCCACCCUCGUCUGGUGGCUCAAGCCCGUCUGUGAUUGAAGACAUUGAUGUUGAUGUUUCUUCUCUGAACUUUGGUCUCUCCAAGCCAGAAUUCAGUCCUGAGCCCCCCAGACUCAGCCUGCAGUCCUGGUGCGGUCGCAUCGGACACAAACGGCGGCCGCAUCGGCAAGCUUUCCGCUGCAGCCGCUGCGAGCUGGAGUUCCACUUCCUGGGGUCAUACAUGGAUCACCUGCAGGAACACCUACCCACAGCGCAGAAUGUUUGUCUCUCCUGCAAUACACCACAGUUAGAGCCUCGAGUCAGGCAGCCAAACAGUUUGAAAUGCAGCACAUGUGGGAAGCUUUUCUCCACUCCGAGGAAUCUGCGGAAGCACAAACUGCUCCAUAAAGCGGCCCACUCCCACAUCUGUCUGCCGUGCGGCCGCUCCUUUCCCGGCCACUCCGCCCUGGUGGCUCACCUAGAGGCUCAUCGGCGGCGGCUGCGUGUGCCGCGGCCAGCGCGCGUUGAGGAGCCCUUCCUGUUUCCCUACCCCUGCAGGAAAUGCUCCUCCAGGUUCUCCAGCACCGAUCUGCUGGAGGCCCAUCAGGUGUGCCACUCCUUCGCAGGGAGGAAGCCGGAAAGUCCUCCGGAGAGCAUCCUGUCCUUCAUUCCCAACCCGCAAACGGUCGCCGUGUCUUCGCCUGGACCGAAACGGUGGCUGCUGGCGAGCAACAGGAAGGACCUGUUCAGGUAUCCUCAUCCGGACCGACUCUACGUCGUUCCCGCCGCCUCCUCAGAGACGCCCGCCAUCAUUUUGGAUACGCCCACCGUCGUUUCAGAGACGCCCGCCGUCGUUUCAGAGACGCCCGCCGUCGUUUCAGAGACGCCUGUCACCAGUUUGGACCUGGAGUCAGGAGCCAACCCAACCUCAGCGGAGCUUCAGCUCCAGCUUCUGGUGAAAUCUUUAAUUCCUGAAAAACGUUUGACAGCGAGCGACAGCAGCGACUCUGAGGACGAACCGACGGUGCGUCGGGAAAACUGUGCAAUCUGCAGCCAAACCUUCGCUGACGUCACGACUCUCCAUGAACAUUACCGCAACCACGCCAGAGGAAUGUGAUGGACCGGAACCAGAACCAGGAGAAACGUUUUAACCCCAGAAAGGAAAACCGUUUUGGCUGUGCAGCAGGAAACGUUCAUCUGUUCAUUUAAAAUGAAAAAACAAACAUGUUUUUGUCUCUGUGAAAAAGUUUUUCACAUUUUCUUUAGCUUUUUACUUUUAAAUGUUUGUUGAUCUGCAGUAUUUGAUCUUUAAAUAUUUUAUUUUAUAGUCUUAGAACCAACUUUAUUUUAUUUUAUUUUAGCUUUAGAUAUUUGGUUUUGUCACUUUAUUUUGUAUUUUGUAGUUAUUUAUGUUUUUCUAAAUUGCUUUUAUUCAGUUAAUUUUUUUAAAUUGAAUUAGAAAAUGAGGAUUUUUAUACUUUUAUUUCACAUUUAUCUUGUUUUUUUUAAUGGUUUUGUUUUAUAUUUGCCAGUUAUUUUAAUUAAAUUUUUUACUUUGUAUUUUUCAUGUAAUUCUCACAUUUAAAAUUUUUUUUUUUUAAAACAGGUUCAGUUUGUCACAUUUUAUAAAAGAGCAGUGCUUAGUUUAUUUUUAUAACAUAUUUUUGAACUACUGCUGUUUUGGUGAUGGAGGAAUGUUUUUUUGUUUUGUUUUGUUUUUGCAUAAAUUAAUCUUUUUGACAUCUGAGUUGCUGAUUGACUUCUGGAAAAAUGAAAAUAAAAAGUAAAUCUCUCAGUGAAAACAGA